AUUCUUGGGAAAAGAAGUGUACGUUAGAAUCGUGCAAACACAGUAUGCGGUGCGAAGGUCACGCGGGAACCUGCCGCAAACUCGUAUAUUAUUGAAACCGAUGCCGCAAAUUGCAGAUGCAGCAGAUUUUCAUUUCACGGUGCAGCGGUUUCAUGGUGCAAACAUUCGGGACAACUCGUGUGUCGCGGGAACCGAUAUUGCUUGCGAAGAUUGCGGACCAAAAAUGCGGGAACCCGCUACGAACGCGCUUGUUACGGGAACAAAUACCGCUGAUUGCGGGUGCAGGAGACUCGCAUUGUACGAUACAAUAAACGUGCGGGGUCAAGUUCCAUGUCACAUAAACCAAUACGACACGUGCAGAUCACAGACAAAAACGCUUGAACCCGCUAGAAACUCCCUUGUCAGACGUACCAGUACCGCAGAUAACGCAGUUAAUGUGAUCCCCGUCUGAUGUACGACAGGAAUAGGGGAUGGGCAAUGUUUCGGAAUUUUAAGAUAUUUAGCCUUAAAAAACAGGAUGGGGGACGGCGCCCUUACGGGAUUUUACGGUAGGCCUUACAGUAACACAAUUUCAAACUGUUUCUUUCCUCCGCCUCUUGAGAUAAAGGGAACAAAACCAUCGGAUUGUGAUUGGUAUGGUAUGACUUGAUGCAGGUACAUCUGGCGUGCAGCAAAGGGGGCUCUCAGCUGAACGAUCGCCUGAGCUGGAGACAACCAGCUUUAGUUUACAACCGGAACUCCUCCCUUGCAGCGCUCAGGAUGCCUUAGUGGUAGGCAAAGCACUAAUUACCAGGGACCGACUAGAGCUUGUCAGGAUUGUCGUAAACAACUUAAUGCAAAAGUCAUCACGGCCCCAAAGAGACUGCAUCAGGCGUGUGGCCGAAGAACUUGUAAAGACGUUUCCGGCGUCACUGGAGGAUCGAGGGAUUGACGGACAGAUGAUGGGCACAGGGUAUGGUUCGCUUCUCCGUCAAUUGGAAAACCGGGUUGAAAACCAAAACCGGGGAAAGCGGUUGUCAGCUCCUGAAGCACAGGAAUCGCACCCAUAGAAGAAAAGUUCUAAAUCCUCUUAUGGCUGCUUAAAUUGGCAACCCAGGUCAUCGGGAGGGGGGGGGGAUAUUCAUGACGCAAAUGAAAACAAGGAGUGGAUGAAGAGAGAAGCCCUGAAGGCAACGAAGGAUCUUGACCUGUCCCGGGCAAUGGAACUUUCAACAGCUACAUAUGGUGAUCAAAGAGCGUACAUCAACGGCGUGAAUCCCAUACACUCUGUGAGAGAAGUGAAGGAGGAGUGGCCUCUCCUUUUUCAUAAACCCCUGUUUUAUGCACAUGUGAAGACCCUGCUGGGAAAGAACAUUGAGGAAACUUUUCGUGAAGGACUGAAAUUAUGCACUGCAUUAUUAGCCAGGCACUUUGCAAAGAGCUCAAACAGGGAGAUUUUGUUUUGGACUGUCCAAGCUGAAGAGGCAGAGAAGCGUGGUGAGGCCAUGGCAAAAGAAAAAGUGCUGCUGCCACAAUUUACGUGCUAUUUCAAAGAAAAGACCGAGACCCGGGUGCAGGUACUUGAGGAAGGAAAUAGCAUUAGAGACCUGCUGCCCUCCCUACCAUGCACCCCCCAAGUGGUUGCUGUCGGUGUGCUUACAUGCAGCAUAAAGGUACCCAGGAGGUAUUCAAUUGAAGGGCAGCAAAGACACGAGCAUGGAGGUGCAUCUAGAUGUCCAGUUCAAGUACAAACUUAAUGUAGUAUCUCUUCACACUUAA